AUGCUCACUCCUCGGAGAGCCGUCGCGGUCGCCGCGUUCCUCUUAAUCGUCUUUUACCUAAUUUCCUCCUCCCACGACACAACACCUGCCGCAAAGGCACCAGUCACUGCCUCCAACCAUGACACGACAGACUCCAAAAAGUCCUCAUACACCCCUGCCUCCGCCGACAGCGAGAUCAAGCCCUCUGCUCCCAAGGUUGCGACGCAAAAGCCCAUGAUGGACAUGUCCAAGAUGUCUCUGUACGACAAGCUAGCAUACCAAUACCCCUACGACCCCGAAACGCGCUUCCCAGCCUACAUUUGGCAGACUUGGAAGUGGACACCCGCUGAGCAACAAUUCAACUUCCGCGAGCAGGAAGCUAGCUGGUCAGAACAGCACCCUGGCUUCGUGCACGAGGUCAUCACCGACAAGGUCGCAGUCAACCUGCUGCGCCUCCUUUACGCGUCCGUCCCCGAGGUCCUCAAGGCUUACGACGCUCUUCCUCUGCCCGUCCUGAAGGCCGACUUCUUCCGAUACCUGAUUCUCCUUGCGCGCGGCGGCAUCUACUCCGACAUUGAUACCUACGCUAUCAAAUCUGCCCUUGAGUGGAUUCCCGAGCGCAUUCCUCGGGAGAGCGUCGGUCUCGUUAUUGGUAUUGAAGCUGAUCCUGACCGCCCUGACUGGAAGGACUGGUACAGCCGUCGUAUCCAAUUCUGCCAGUGGACAAUUCAAUCCAAGCCCGGCCACCCUGUCCUGCGCGAGAUUGUUGUUCGCAUUACUGAGGAAGCUCUGAAGCGCAAGAAGGCAGGCGAGCUGGACAACAUUGCCGAUAAGAACGUUGUCGAGUUCACUGGACCUGCGAUUUGGACUGACGCCAUCUUCGACUACUUCAAUGACCCCCGAUACUUUAACAUGAAGAACUCUAAGGGAGCUAUUGACUGGCAGAACUUCACGGGUAUGGAGACGUCCAAGAAGGUUGGUGAUGUUGUGGUGCUCCCCAUCACCAGUUUCAGCCCUGGCGUGCAACAGAUGGGUGCCAAGGAUUACGACGAUCCUAUGGCCUUUGUGAAGCACGACUUUGAGGGCACCUGGAAACCCGAAGAGCUCCGCCAUAUCGGCGAGCAAAACGAGGAUGGGUCGGCGAAAUCAAAAUAA